AACCAAUUAGGCGUCACCACCGUUGACUCGCCGUUUCAUGACUGCGCAUUUCUCCCCCGAGCGUCCAUCCCGUCCCACCGGCCCCAGGAGAGGAAUAAAGACUUCCGACGGGCUCAUGGGGACGUGUUUUGAUGGAGGACGGUAGAGCAGAUGUCUUUCCCCUCCGCUCCGGGUCGUAGCGAAGCUGGACGACGCGCAGACCCGAAGACGAAGACCUCCUGCUCCUGUUUGUGUGAGCGGACCGUGAGCGGACCGUGAGCGGCCAACAUGGCUGAGGAUGACAGCGAGUGGGUGGUGGAGAGCAUCGUGGGCUACCUGGGCAGUCCCGAGUGGGUCAUCCCGGUCACGGACUUUAUGGAGAACAAAUGCACAGUAUUUGAUGAUGAAGAUGAAAAUAAGUUAUCCUACACAGAAAUCCAUCAGCAGUACAAGACCUUGGUAGAGAAGCUGUUAGAGCAUUACAUGCAGGAGGUUGGCAUCAACGAGCAGCAGUUUCUGGAUGCGUGCACGUCUCCCUUUGCCAAGUCCAAAACUCUGCAGUCGGUGUUCCAGCCAGUUCUCGCUACAGAUGAUUUCCAGAUGUUUCGCACACUGAUGGUCCAGAAGAACAUGGAGCUUCAACUUCAGGCCCUAAGGGUCAUCAAGGAAAGGAACGGAGCUCUCCCAGAUUGUCUCACUGACGGUGCUGAUGUGAUGACGGAGCUGCAGCAGCAAGAGAUGAAAAUCCUACAAGAGGUUCUCAAAAAGUCCAAAGAGGAGUACGAUGAGGAGAUGUCCCGGAGGCUGCUGUUUGAGGAGGAACUUGGUUCCACUUCCAGCAGCUGCUCUGAUAAGCCAAUGACUGAAGGUGGUGAAUCCCAGAAUACCACGUCCGCUGCGAGCCAACACAGCAGCGCUGCCAAGGUCAGCCCGGAGAGCAAACCGGCGAUCAAGGCAGCUGCCAGCGGAGGUGGAGACGAGAAAAGUGCAGCUAAGAAACCCACAGCAGAUUGUGGCAGUAACGGUGUGGAGUCCAGAGUCCUCCCAGCUGUGAAAGCUCCAGCGAAGUCCGGCGAGCCGUCUCUCAGCAGCAGCAGCGGCGGCGGCGGCGGCGGCCCUCAGACUAAAGAGCAGAGCGGCGUCCGCAGUCAGACUCCUGCCGAGUCGUGGCUGGAGGAGGCGCACAGGGAGGCCGGCUUCUCCGAGCCCUAUACCGAGCUGUCAGCGUCCCAGCAGGAGCAGCUCCAGCAGAGGGCAGCGUACCUGCGCCAGCAGCGAGACAAGCUGCACGCUCUGAGGAAAGAGCAGCAGAAAACCAAGCAGACGGCCAAACGGGAGAAAUCCCCCAGCAGCCGCACGCCAACCCCCACCGCCACCCCGGAGGCAGUGGGGCAGUCACAGAGGAACGGGGUGUGUUCCCCCCCUCCUCCCGCUCCUCCUCGCGCUCCACCCGCUGCUCCUCCUCCUGCGCAGCACUCUGCCGCCCCGCCCAAACAGAAGGAAAUAUCAGCUGAGGAGAGGAAGAAGCUCCAGAAGAGAAAACACCUGGCGGACAAACUGAAAGAGGAAGUCAUCAAGAAAUAACUUCCCCUCCAACUUCAACACUCCUCUCUAUAUUCACGACCGGCUUCCUUUAUUCUUUCUCCUCACAAAAACACGGGAUCUUCCUCCUCCUCCUGCUGUCACAUUGAUGUCCCAACUACACACACGCAGCUUUCAGUCUUUCUCACUAAACCUACUUGCUUUGUGUCCAAAAUCUUUUUUUUUUUUAAACCUACAAAUUCACUAGAUACAUUAUCAGCCUUUUACAGUUCGUUAUAUCAGAAUAUGAGUGUAGUGCUCUCAAAACUUCCCUGGUAGGAGUAAAGUGAGUUCCUUAACUCGUGGAGCAGAGAAUUAAUUUGGUUGUUUCUCCUGUUUUAGUCGUUAUGCAAAGACAUUUUGAAACAUGAAUAAUGUGAUGUUUUUUUUGUUACUUAAUGCAGGAAGAUAUCCUCUUAUAUUUUUCUUUAACUAUUUAUACUUUGCCGACAGAAAAUAAGAUGACAGUUAUGCAACGCUCCAUCCGUCAGUGGGAAUAAUGAAAUCCUGACGUUUGGUUGAAUUCGUACCAGUUAAACUGGCCGCGGUGGCGUUUUGGACGCAGCUGUGGGUUUAUCCUGAUCGCAGCUGACCCGAGAGCUUCGCCAGUGUUAUUAAUGCCAGUCAGGGAAGCGAUUGGGACGAUCGGAUCACACAGCAGCAGCUCGGGGUGGUGAAGAUGAACAUCAGCGGUUCAUUAAAGGGGCCAAGAGGACGGAUCGUCGCUUCCUAACAGAGUGCAGUAUUUAUCUUCACCUCAGAAAUCACCAUGCACCAGUUUCCAUGUACUGUCGUUAUGUAUGCUGUUUAAUAAAUCAUUUUAUAGAAACCAGCAGCACGUGGCGAGUGAGUUGAUCGUGUUCACCGUCAUCGGUACUGGUUUAAGAAACCUGUUCUAGAGGCUGCAGUAACUCCUCAAAUCAAAAGCUCACAAACUCAAUGUCAGGGUCACAUUUAAUUUCAAAACUUAUCAAAUAAAUUCAUACAAAUGUUAAGAGUGGAUAGUGGUAGUAAAUGCACUUGGUACAAAUUCAUCAUUGGGGUGGGGGGGGGGGGGGGGGAGGAGAAGCAGAAACAGUCACGGAUGAGAGGAAAAGACGAUUCACUGCUUAGGUGAUUAAACUCCUGGGAAGCAACGCUGGCUUUUCGGUUCUCGUCAUCCGCCGCUCGGUGUCCUUCGGUCAAAUUGGGAGAGAAAGACGCACAAACAUGGACCUGCAACUUUACGGACCUUGGAAUUGUUGGAACUGUAGCAGUGCAGACGAGGUGGCGUCUGGUAUCUGGUGCAACUUCAAACCGAUUCAGAGUGAACUCGAUGCGACUUGAAGCUCAGCGACGCUGCUCAGGCUCACCGCAAGCUCAAAACGCAGGCUGCCGACUGCAUCGAGAGGCCGCUGAAUUACUUGACAACUCCAGACAUCCUUCAAAUUUUGGUGCCAAAAAUAACAUUACAACAGUUUUAAUGUUAUUUUUUUUUCUUAAAACCAGCAUUUUGUGACUUUUCUGCAUUUUUUUUUUUUACACAGAAAUCAAUGAAAUUGGACUGAAAGGGUGAACAGUGACCCCACCUUUUUGUGCAACAACAAAAAAAAAGAAAAACUACACAGGCAGGUUGGUAUCUCUCUCCACUUAAAAAAAAAUCAUAUCAGGGCAAAUGAUU